AUGGCGAAGCGGCGUCCCGGCUCGGCCGGGCGGAGGCAAGGCUGCCGCCGCUGGGAGCCGGAGAAGGGGAAGAGCCUCAGUGGGGCGGGGGAGUCGCAGCGAGGACUCCGAGCAGGGACCCCUGGAGGCUGCGCCCGCCGCUCCGCUCCGGCCCGGGCGCCCAACCGACCUGCCAUGCCGAAUAAAAACAAGAAGGAGAAGGAACCUGCAAAAUUGGGCAAAAGUGGAAAAAGUUGUAAAGAUGGACAAGAUAACCAAGAACAUGAGGUGUCAAACAAAAAAACAAACAGCGCUCCUCCCCCAGCACAGUUAUCUAAAAUCAAAGUACCUGCUCCACAAACUGUACUGAAGAAGGAAAAACGGCAGAGUUCUUCAAGGUUUAAUGUUAGCAAUAACAGAGAACUCCAAAAACUGCCAGCUUUAAAAGAUGUUCCUCCUGCUGAGCAAGAAAAGCUUUUUAUUCAGAAGUUGCGACAAUGUUGUGUUCUUUUUGACUUCGUUUCUGAUCCACUGAGCGACCUAAAGUGGAAGGAAGUAAAGCGAGCUGCUUUAAGUGAAAUGGUAGAGUACAUCACACAUAAUCGCAAUGUGAUCACAGAGCCCAUUUACCCUGAAGUAGUACAUAUGUUUGCAGUUAACAUGUUUCGAACAUUACCACCAUCUUCUAAUCCAACGGGAGCAGAAUUUGAUCCAGAGGAAGAUGAACCAACUCUAGAAGCUGCCUGGCCUCACCUACAGCUUGUUUAUGAAUUUUUCUUAAGAUUUUUAGAAUCUCCAGAUUUCCAACCUAAUGUAGCUAAGAAAUAUAUUGAUCAGAAGUUUGUAUUGCAGCUUUUAGAACUCUUUGAUAGUGAAGAUCCUCGGGAAAGAGAUUUUCUUAAAACUACUCUUCACAGAAUAUAUGGGAAAUUCUUAGGCCUAAGAGCUUACAUCAGGAAACAAAUUAAUAAUAUAUUUUAUAGGUUUAUUUAUGAAACAGAACAUCAUAAUGGCAUAGCAGAAUUACUGGAAAUAUUGGGAAGUAUAAUUAAUGGAUUUGCCUUACCAUUAAAAGAAGAGCACAAAAUUUUCUUAUUGAAGGUGUUAUUACCUUUGCACAAAGUGAAAUCGCUCAGUGUCUACCACCCACAGUUGGCAUACUGUGUAGUUCAAUUUUUAGAAAAGGACAGCACGCUUACUGAACCAGUGGUGAUGGCACUGCUGAAAUACUGGCCAAAGACUCACAGUCCAAAAGAAGUCAUGUUUUUAAAUGAACUAGAGGAAAUUUUAGAUGUCAUUGAACCAUCUGAAUUCGUAAAGGUUAUGGAGCCUCUUUUCAGACAGCUAGCCAAAUGUGUGUCCAGUCCACACUUCCAGGUGGCAGAACGAGCACUAUACUACUGGAAUAAUGAGUACAUUAUGAGUUUAAUCAGUGACAAUGCAGCAAAGAUUUUGCCCAUCAUGUUUCCAUCAUUGUACCGAAAUUCAAAGACACAUUGGAACAAGACAAUACAUGGCUUGAUAUACAAUGCUCUGAAACUCUUCAUGGAGAUGAACCAAAAGCUGUUUGAUGACUGCACACAACAAUUUAAAGCAGAAAAACUGAAAGAGAAGCUAAAAUCGAAGGAAAGAGAAGAAGCAUGGGUUAAAAUAGAAAAUCUAGCCAAAUCAAAUCCCCAGUACCCAACAUAUAGUGACACCAGUUUGCUGAACAGUCCUGUUGCAAUGGAAACAGAUGGGCCUUUAAUUGAAGAUUUACAGAUGCUGAAAAAGACAGUGAAAGAGGAGGCGUGUCAGGCACAGAGAGAUCAGAAAAAGGAUCGUCCUCUUAUGCGACGCAAGUCAGAACUGCCUCAGGAUAUCUACACCAUGAAAGCCUUGGAAUCCCAUUGCAGAGCUGAUGAGCUAAUAUCACAAGAUGGGCAUUAGACUAUUACAGUGAAAUAUUAUUUUGGAGGAAAACUUUUUUCUGGACUCAGUUCUACAGUAGAGAACUUACUUUUUUGUGCCAUACCAAUCAGUUACACAAAAGUCAAAGCUUUCUUCAACCCAGUUCUGUAGGCAAUAAUUUAAUACAGUAUGCAGCUCAAGAUUAGUAGUUCAAACAAUGGUAAAUUACUUGAUUCUAUAUGCAGAACCAUGGGUUGACUAGUAUUAGGUGGCCACAUUUUUCUGGUGGUGUUGUCAAAGUACCAGUUGGUAACAUGCAUAGUUUUAUAGUAGUACUUGAGAAUAACAUUCUGUAAGUUACUUCCACCAAAACUGAGGUCAUUUGAAUGACUGAUAGUUGGUACUAUGAUAACACUGUUUUCAAAAGCAAAAUUAUUUCGGAUUUACAUGUUUUCGGUAUUCACAUUCUUUUGGUAUUACAUGUUUUUCUAAGACUUCUCAACUUUGAAAUUGUUUCCACAUUACUAUUGUUUUGUAAUAUACCAGCAGUUUUGAAAAUAGACAGUUCUUUGCUUUCCUAUUAUAAAAAACAGCUUACAAAAUGGUAACUUCAUGACAAUCCUCAAUCAUGGUUGCUUUCUAAGAGUUCUGUAAAUUGUUUCUUUACUUAGGAUAAAGACAUAUAUAUACCAUGUCCUAGUACUUUACAUGUAUUUAAAGCCAUAUUUUCCAGUCUUUAGUAUGUAAUACAGCACCGGUAUUCCAAAAGUCAGCUGGUAGAAGAAUUUGUUUCCUAAAAUGAAAAUUUAUCUACCUUGACUGGGAAUAAAUUGAAUAUAAAAAUAUUUAUAUUUUGAUUUUCAUUCCUUGUUUUCAGUUUAGUAAAACAUUGUUUCUCCCUUAUCUGAGCUUUUAAUACUCAGCAUUUUUUCCUGGGCUCUAAGAGUUCAAUAUUCUGUGGCAGAUACCAUGAUGUCAUUUAAGUUGCAUUAGUCUUCUCAGACAAACAUUGUUGCCUUUCAGUGAAACACAACACCAAUAGCUUGUAUUAUAAAGUAAAAACAGGUAAAAGAUGUGAGUUUAAGAGCUGAUAACUCAACAGUGACCGUAGUUUUACGUGAAUAUAUUUUUUUGUGUUGUAAAAAGCACAUAUAUUACAAAUACACCUCACAGGUAAAAUGAAAAUGCAUCUGAGUUGCUGAUGAUCUUCAAAUGCUGCUAUAUAUUCCACAAGAUUACUUGCAUGUAAUGAGCUUUUUGUUGUAGAUGGAAAAGCACAGGAGGAAAAUCUCUUUAAACAUAUAGUGCUUUGUCUUCAAUAUUUGAUUUCUCUCAGGGUGGCCAGUAUUUUGACUUACUUAUCCUGCUUAAGAGCUGUUUGAGAUGUGUUCUGCUAUUCUAAAUGGGUGACUAGUUUCUUUUGUCUCUGGCAGUAACAUAAUAUAACUUUAAUGUUUAAUGUCUUGAUGCAUAAAAAGAUAAAAAUGUGGCUUCUUUAAAAAUAGUUCGUUUUAUUUGUUUAAAAAAAGAGGUCUCCUGCAUCCAUAAAAAUAUUGUGCAAAGCAGACAUUCAUAGUAACGUUGUGCAGAUGUAGUGCCUGCUGUCUGUUGGUUGCACUGAAAAUACAAUUUCCAAUAUUAUUACAUUGUCUAUUGGAAAAAAGGUCAUUUUAGUGAGUGGGAAUUAUUGCUAAAAAAAACAAACCUAAAUUGAAAGACCACCUAAAGCUUCAAGUGGAAAAGUCCACUGUGUGUGAAAAACACUUCCUGUUAAACUUGAAAGAGAAUAUGCUUUACCAUUAUGAUAAACUAUAUAAAAACAGUUUAAAGAUGCCUUCUCCUUUUGAGGGAAAAAGGGUGCUUUUUUAAUUGUAUAAAGCAAUGUCUAUGUAUUUUGAUAUACCAUUGUUUGAACUUCCAUCUUUAGCUGGUAAAUUAUCAAAUAAUUUGAUUUUGGGUGUUCAAUAUGUUUGUGCAAGAGGUUUCUGGAAAGAAGUACUCUUAUUUUACCCUAGGAAAAAACCUUGUAUGUCAAUGUUUGAUUGUGUAACGCUCAACGUAUAAGAACAUCUUUUACUGUCUAGAUUUUAUUUCUGUUCUUUACUGAAGAUAAACAUUCACCAAAAAAAGGGGGAGGGGCAAUUUUUUUUUUAAUUAAAGUUUGUCAGAAAUUCACAUUUGAGGUUUGGGGCCACAGAACAUUUGCCUAGACAGUAUUCCAAAAAUUAUCAGCACUGAUUGUUUGGCUUGUUUGUUACCAUCAUUUAUAUAUUUUGUAUAGUCAUAUACUAAACUUCUCUAAAACUACGACAUCCAAAAUAAAAAGUAAAAAUAAAGUAGAAUUUUGGUGGCUGUUCUUCUUCAUAAAGUUCUGUUUGCCACCUUUCCAUGUUCUCAAAAAUUGCAUCUGUACAUGAGGAAUGUCAAAAGUAAUAUUACAAGUGUCUUUUUUAGUGUGGCUUUAGUAUGGCUUUAUUUUAAUAUUGUACAUACAUUGUACUUUGUUUUAUGGUAAUAAUAAAAAUGUAGACUUCAUAUUUUGUACAGAAUGGUCCUAUGUACAGAAUAAAAAGUUCCUAGAAACAGCAAAAAUAGGUAAGUGGCACAAUUAUUUUUCAUUAGACAAUAUCUGUAACUUUGUUUUAGUAAAAUGUUAAGUUCAAAUGUACCUACAUAUUUUUUAACAUUUUGUAAUUCAGAUUUUGUUCUGACCUUGUUUAUGAAGAACAACCUUCAUACACCGGCCAUUUAUUAUGCUCUUUUAUCUAAUUUUAAAAUUCUAAAAAUGGUGUAUUAUAUGGACUAAAUAAAGAACAUGUGAAUUUUACUUGCUGAUCAUGAAACUAAAUUUAGCACAGAACCUUCUGGUGAGUGUGCAGAUUACCACUGGUUUAAAAAUCAUCCACAACUUUGAGACAAUAGCACAUAAGUUAAAGAAUAAAAUUGCAGUUCAGUGUUGGUGCCUUUGUGAAAGUUACAAGUAAAUUUAUGGUAAGUCUUAGAAAUAAAUCCGCAUCAAGUUCUGGUUAUUCUCUACUAUAAAUAACCUUAAUUUUUAGUGCACGGUAUCAAGUACUGCAUUAAACACACACAAUUUUUCAAAGAAUCCCUCAAACCAUCCUACAUAUAUACCAAAGAAAAAGACCUUUUAUACCACAUUAUCUUCCCUAUAAAAACUUGAAAUAAAUAUCUGUUGGAAGGAUUUCCAGCAAAGCAGCAGCAGCAAAAUUAAGGAUUCCCAGUAAGAUAGAAAAGGAGAGGACAACAUCAGAUGGUGCAAAUAGAUGCAGCAAAUACAUUUUUUUAAUCUAGAUUUUUCUUCCAGUUUACAAAUAAUAGUUCUUGGAUCAUCAGAGGAUCUUCAGUACUUCAUAAACUCGCAGUUCCCUGUGUGGUACAGUAACUCCUCACUUAACGUCCUAGUUAUGUUCUUGAAAAAUGCAAUGUUAAGUGAAUCCAAUUUCCCCAUAAGAAUUAAUGUAAGGAGGGGGGGGGUUAGAUUCCACAGAAUUUUUUUUGCAAGACAAAAGACAUAUACAUAUACUCUUAAGUGUUCUAAAUAAUUUUUAACAAUUUAAUACUGUACUCACCCAUGAUGAUUGUGAAGCUUGGUUGAGGCAGGGUGUAGUGGGGUCGGGGCGCAGGGGCUUGUCCCGUUUCACCCCCCUGCUUCCUGGCAGGAGCACCAGGCAGGCGGAACAGAGCAAGGUCUGUGCCUCCAUCCCGCUUCCCGGCAGGAGCACCAGGCAAACGGAAUGGGACAAGGCCCCGCUCCCUGACCCUGCUCUCCAGCUGGAAUGCCCGGCAGAGAAGGGCAAGCCCCCGUUCCCCAAUCUGUUCCCCAGCAGGAGCACCAGGCAGGGGAAGCCAAACAGCGUUAUAAGGAAACAUUGCAGGACUUUAAAGGAGUAUGUUCUCUAAUAGGUCAGCAACCUAAUGAAACUACAUUAACUGGGAUGACGUUAAGUGAGGAGUUACUGUAUGUAAGUGUAUACGAUAAAUCCAUGAAAAAACUAGUUCAAAUAGUGCUUUUACAGUAACAGAUUUACACACUCUCCAGGCAUCCUCCAAUCAUUUUUACAGUCAUAGUAAACAAAAACUGGAAAUAACCAGAACUUGCCGUUGGAAAUCUGCCUAAUUUCCAAAAGUAUUAACAUACAUAGUGUCUAUCUAGACCAAGGUGCAAAUAAGACCAAACAUUGCCAAUAUAAACAAUUGAUUAGUUCAGCCAAAUAUCUGGGGAGGGAGGUAUGCAUUUGUUUUUUACACAAGUCUCCAUUUUUAGUAAGAAUAGGAUGAAUAUCUGAUUUGGAUUUGAGUUGUAAACAUUUAGUAUAUUUGUGAAUUAUUGAAGAUCACGGAUAAUGCCUUUAAUUUUCAAAUACAUAGCUAAUUAAGAAAUGUCAUUCUGUUCUAUCAUAUCACAGCAUCUGGACUCUUAUUACUUUUCAUUGCUGAGUCAGGUAGAGGUUGUCUCAAGGGUAAAAAAGAUAGCUAAACGUUUUAUGUAUAUACAGUACAUUUGCAUACGCAAUUAAGUAUUUUUGUGCAUAGGUGAUUAUUUCUAAGGUUAAUGUGUUGUGGUUUGUUUUUUCAUUGUCUGAUAUAUUUGAAAAUAUGCAAGUAUUAUUUUGUAUUGGAGGUAGGGACUUCAUGUCGCAGGGUGAGGGUUUAGUUUGAGCUGGGCUCAAAUACUUGAUAGCCCAUAUCUUGCUGUUAAAAAUAAAUUCUGGUUUCUUCA